AUGUCGAGGCCGCCGGAGAGGGUGGUAAGGGAGUUUAUGUGUACACUGUACAAGAGAUGGCUGAAUUUGACGACUCAACUGGGGCAUUUUCAAGAUCAACAUCCUAAUCACGACAUACCAAAGUUGUACACGGUCCGGGAAGCCGACCUGAGGGAACAGCUAGAUGCGGAUGGUGAUGAUAACGAGGAGAUGGACCUGGGUUUCGAGGGAGAGACGGUCCGAGACGCACCUCGGAGGGUGACUGCGGAAGACUGCGCCGAGUAUACGAACCAGGUCUCGCGUGCACGUAAGCCUAUCCUCUCACAAAUGAAGGAAUACGUCCAAAAGGUUCCGGCGUGUGACUACAAGACCAGGGCGACAAUCGCCGGAGAGUAG